UUUUUCGACUAUCCAAAACUGAAACAGUUUUGGCUUCCCGAAGACGAAAAAGAUUUGCGUCCCGUCAUGUUCUGGAUCCAUGGUGGAGUGUUCAUUUUGCAGCACGGCGGUGAAGAACUCCACAGUCCCGAUUUCCUGAUUACCGAAGACGUGGUGGUGGUUACCAUCAAUUAUCGUCUUGGUCUUUUAGGGUUUAUCAGUUCUGACGAUACUUCUUUAGACAUACCCGGGAGCGCGGGUUUGAAGGACCAAGUCAUGGCUUUAAAAUGGGUCCAGGAGAAAAUUGACAAGUUUGGUGGGGAUCCUAACGAUGUUACGGUCUUCGGGCAGAGCGCUGGUGCGGUUUCAGUCCAUUUGAUGGUGCUGUCGCCUCUAGCAAAGGGUCUUUUCCAUAAAGCUAUAGCCCAGAGUGGAAGUGCUAUAAAUCCAUGGGUUCAAGCUCGUAAAGGAGUGAAACGUGUAGCAGAAGUAAUGGGUCUUGAAGGGGCAGAUGACAAAACCGUCUUUGACGCUGUAACGAAAAAAUCAAAAGAAGAGAUUUUAGGACUUCAAGAAAUAAUGGACGACAAUUUAGAACCCUAUACACCCAGAUACAUAGGUUUAGUUAUCGAAACAAACUCCAAAGAACCGUCCAUGACUGAAGAACCCAUUAAUAUUAUGAAAUCUGGAAACUUCAGCCAGGUACAAUUUUUGACUGGGUGCACUUCUCUAGAGGGCGCUACUCUCGACCUGGUGGUCAAAUCCAUAGAUUUUAACCUUAUACUCUACUAGAUGCGCAACUGCGUCGCGUAAAGUGAAGCCUAUG